AUGGAAAUUCUGCCAAAGCACAAAACUCCUGCGAUCAUGUUCGACGUCGACAACACUCUAGCAUACACAGGCUUCAAUGACACUGACCUCGUGGGCAAGGCACCUGCGCUUGCCGCUGCCAUCAGCUUUGUCAAGAGAUGGUGUGGGCUCUCCGAGAAUUCCAGCGCUCCAUUUCAGUGCUAUUUCUUCACUGCGAGAUACUGCACACGAUUGAAGGCUGCAGCUACGGGGAUCUGGGUAGCAGACAACUUGCCGGUGAGCCCUGCAUGGAUUGACUCCCACGUCUUCAUGACAGGUGGAGUUGGCGGUUGCCAGUCGAGGGGGUGCUCCCUCGCCUACAAAGCAGCCCUUCGGAAGUGGUUCAGCGAGCGCCAAAACGUGUUCUGGGCUAUGAGCAUCGGUGACCAGUUCACGGAUUCAGCUGGCACAUCAGCUGGGAUGCGAGUCAAGCUGCCAAAUUUCUGGUUCGACAGCAGCGUGGUGCCGAACCCGAUGAGCAAUGGAGGCAAGAUCGAGUUGGAUGGCAAUCGGACCUUCCAGCCUGGGCGUGGCCAUUGCGAAUUGGAGUGCUUGGCUUGA